AUGAGGCAUUAUGAGAUAAUUAUGAUCGAGGAGGUUAUGCAGCAGAAGGCGCCAGGGGUGCCUAGUAAUUUGAAACUCCAACAACCACACAACUCUGCUUCACAAGUAUCACGAAGUAAUAACUUCACUGCGAAUUUUUUCAAAACUACUUUUAGCUAUCGAAGCAAGGCGGUAACGCCCACCUCUUCCUAUACCGUUGAGAAAUCUAUCAAAAUAGGCAGCGCGGAGACUAAGCCUGUAACCAGAAAUAGGCCCAGGACAGCUCCAGCAACAGAUGCGUCUAACAAAGUUAAAACGAGACGAGAAAUUGAUCGCAGACCUAACGUAAGGCCCAUCGAUAAGCCUUCCACCGAACCUGUGCGACCCUUACGAAUUAAGGCUACUACAUCAGAUUCUGGAGGAUCAAAUAAAGAAAGUGGGAAAAAGGAUGUAAAAAACACAAAUGUUAUAUUGCAAAUUGUAAAGAAAUCUGUUAAAACACCAGCACCUAAAACGCCGGAUAGUAUCUUACCACCCACUUUGAAAUCGAAAAACGAUAGAAAUUUAAAAGUUAUAAAAACUAUAAAUAAUAAUGACGUUUGGACCAAUCCUGAUGACAUCAAAACCACUCAAAGGAAAAUAUCUCCUCUACUAAAGUAA